UGUAUGAAACAGUCCUUUUCAAGAUGUAUGGAAUAUCACAUGUUGCAUCGACACCAGGAGCAAGUUCAACAGCAUUUGAUGGAGAACAUAGACGCAGCCUCCCACAACGUAUUUUUCCAAGUUAUGCUUGUGCCUUUUUGGAUGAUGGCCCUGCCUACGAGUGUUGUUCCACAAAUCCUCUGACAGACUCCCUUUCCACAUGUCGCCGCAGCCCUCGACUGCUUUCUAACGGUUAUUACAUUUUGACAGAAGACAGUUUUCUGUCUGGUGAAGAGGGCAACAUAACACUGACACCAUCCCAGACAAGUGUUACAUAUAAAGAGAAUUUAGUUCGUGUAUUCAGGCGAAGGAAGAAAAUCCGUCGCUCUCUUGCCAGCUUGUUCAGUCUUGGUGCCUCCAGUUCAUGGCUUAGCAGCACCGUCCUCAGCAAUAUGGAUUCCUCCCAUGUAGAUGAUCCUUGGCCUGAUGGAUGCAAUAAACUAGAAGCCAGUCAGAGUGAUAUUGUCACUGAAGAUCUUGUUAGAAGACGUGCAGAACAUAACAACUGUGAAAUUUUUUCACUGGAAGAAAUCUCUUUACAUCAGCAAGAAAUAGAAAAACUAGAGUAUCUUGACAAAUGGUGUCGAGAUUUAAAAAUUCUCUAUCUUCAGAAUAAUCUAAUUCCCAAAAUUGAAAAUGUGGGCAAACUAAAGAAGCUGGAAUAUUUAAAUGUAGCUUUGAACAACAUUGAAAGAAUUGAAAAUCUGGAAGGCUGUGAAGAACUGAAGAAGCUUGACCUGACAGCAAAUUUCGUUGGUGAACUCUCCAGUAUUGAAACCCUAAAAUAUAAUAUACAUCUGAAGGAACUGUUUCUAGUGGGUAACCCAUGUACUGAAUUUGAAGGUUAUAGACAGUUUGUGGUGGCAACUCUUCACCAAUUAAAAUGUUUGGAUAGUAAAGAAAUAGAACGUUCAGAGAGGAUUCAAGCACUUCAAAACUAUCCAGAAGUGAAACAGAAAAUCAGAGAACAGGAACAAGCUUACCUUCUCAAACGGGCCAGAGAAAAAGAAGAGGCUCAAAGAAAGGUGCGGGAAAGAAAGGACAAGAAACAAAACCAAAUGGAAUCUAAGCUUGGAUUUGACAGCCCAGUCUCCCUACAGAACAAAGAAGACCAUCAGGCAGAAGGAGACAGAGAACAAGAAAUGUGGAGAACAGUUGAAGAUGAUGAAGAGGACAGAAGAUUUUGGGAGGAGCCUACACCAUAUACUCCAGAAUCUAGAUUGGAAACUCACAGAUACAUUGAAGAAAAACGGAGAACUAAAGACAAUAUAAGGGGAUCGAAAAAGAGAGAGAAGCCUCUUCAUACAUUGAUCACUGCAGAAGGAAAAGUUCUGAAUGUGAACGUGCCUAAGCUUCAUUUCUCUGUGAAAGAUGAUGAAGAAAACAACCAGAUCAUCUUGGAUCUUGCAGUUUACAGACAUUUGGACACAUCUCUGCUUGAUGUUGAUGUCCAGCCAACUUACAUACGAGUACUGGUGAAGGGAAAGCCUUUUCAGCUUGUGCUCCCUGAGGAAGUGAACCCAGACAGCAGCUCUGCUAAAAGAUCACAAACAACUGGUCAUUUAGUUGUCAGCAUGCCAAAGGCUAAAGGAAUAAUCCUGGCUAAGCAAAAAGUAUCAACUUCAAUUAAAGAUUCCGACUGCAAUACACUGCAAAAAAGUGCAGGAAGGAGUGUACAAGUUGAGAAAUUAGAAGUGGAUCCCAGUAAAUAUUCAUUCCCUGAUGUGACAAAGAUAAUCCAAGAAAAGGAACUAAUUGGACAGGGACCUAUUAGGCUACAACCACAGAAGAUUAGAGAGACUAAGAAGAGUUAUGCUGAUUUUGAAAAUAAUGAAGAUGUUCCUCCCUUAAUUUGA